AUGAUGGCUGUACCUUCUAAUUGUAUAUCAGAAGACUUUGAUUUUGGAGACAUGAACUCCAGCGAGCUGAUGCGUUUUGUGCAGACGAUGAAUGAUGAGACAGCUAACCAGCUUCUUCUGCAGAUGCAGCAGCAGCAUCAGUUGCAGACAGUGCCAGGUCACCCUGUACAAGAAUCACAACACGGACAGUCAGCCAUCUACCCACCUGGGAUUGCCACAUUCAGCAAUCAUGCCAUGGAGAGACACGUCAACAACUUCCCCCCAGUCAACAGAGCCUCUCAGCCACCGCCAGUACACCCUCCGCCUCAGCCAGAAAACCCCUGGGUGGAGAUCACUGAGCAGCCCAAGUCCCGUGGCCUUCGGUUUCGAUACGAGUGUGAGGGCAGGUCAGCGGGCAGUGUUCCUGGGGAAAACAGCAGCAAUGAACACAGAACUUACCCAACCAUCAAGAUUCACGGCUGCAAUGGUCCUGCUAUUAUUGUUGUAUCCUGUGUAACAAAAGACAACCCACCUCAUUGCAAGCCACACCCACAUGCCAUUGUUGGGCGAGACUGCAAGAAGGGAGUCUGUACGGUUCGGGUCAAAGACACCAGUGAUAAAAUUGUAUUCCCACAGAUUGGUAUUCAGUGUGCCAAGAAGAAAGAUGUCGAGGGAGCUUUGAGGUUACGGAAGGAAAUCAAUGUUGAUCCAUUUCAGACUGGAUUUGACCAUGCACAGUCAAAUAUUGAUCUCAAUGUUGUUCGACUUUGCUUUCAAGUGUUCUUACCGAAUGAACAUGGCAAGGUCACAAGAGUUGUCACCCCUGUGGUGUCACAACCCAUCCAUGAUAAAAAAUCAUCCAAGGAUCUGGUUAUUUGCCGAGUUGACAAAAGUUCAGGGAAGGCCCGCGGAGGAGACGAGGUGUUCUUGUUAUGUGACAAAGUCAACAAAGAGGAUAUCAAAAUUCGACUCUUUGAGGAGAAUGAUCAAGGUAUCACAAUAUGGGAGGAUUUUGGUGACUUUGGACAGGGAGAUGUUCACCGCCAGUACGCCAUUGUGUUCCGUACACCAGCCUACCACAGCCAAGACAUCACCAAGCCUGUGGAGGUCAACAUGCAGCUGCACAGGCCCUCUGAUGGGGAAACCAGCGAGAGUAUACCAUUCACAUAUAUGCCAGACGAUCCAGAUCCAGACAGAAUUGCUGAGAAAAGAAAGCGUAAAGCUCAAAGAUUAGUGGAGUUCUGGAAUAUUGCAGGACAUCCAGAACACAAGAGAGAUGGCACUGGAGCCAGCGUUCGUGGCCGACUGUCCAGCAUGCUCAGAGGCACCAGAAGGAUCAAGAAAGAUCCAGAUGCACAAGGAAUGCCGCUCUACUCCUCUGACAUCACUGGUAUGGACGGAGGAGCAUCCAAUGGGGCCGAGGCAUCCUCUAGUCACAUGACAGCAGAUAACUCUUCAAUGAGCAGUGUUGCAGUGUCGUCCAUUUCAGCUGGCAGCAUCGACUCCAGUGUCAUUGCGGAACUGUCGGGUCUUUCUAGCAGUGAUCUGUCGAUAGUUUCCACAGAAAAUGGCCAGUUAGUGAUCUCUGUGAGUGGAGGGGAUGGCAGUGGUUUGAGCGUGGACAGCAUCAACUUGCCAGCAAACAUGCUCAGUGGCGACCUGAUGAACCAGAUAGAUAUCCAACAGCUGAAUGCAUACCUGCAGGACCAGGGCUCCAGUGAGAUCCUGCUGAGUCAGCCGACGUCUGCUGAACAUCUACACUUAGGUCAUGACCCUAGUCAGCAUGUGCGAAUGCUGGAUGCAGACUUGGAGACCGACGCUGCCCUCAGACACUUGAAUUCUUAA